AUGGUGCUGUCCGGCGACCUGGAGGUAUCGCUGCUGGAUGAGGCGCCGCCGGGCAGGACCCCGGUGGGCACGGUGGUGGUGCAGGAGGCCCAGAGACAGAGGGUCUACGAGCGGGUGCGCGCCGCGGUGACGGGCGGACGCCAGGCCUAUCUCGUGUACCCGCUGGUAGAGGAGUCCGAGAAAAUGCCCCUGGCGGCCGCCGAGACUAUGGCACGGGAGCUGUCCCAGGACCGUGAUGAAGGCUCGCCUGGGGCUGGUCCACGGCCAGAUGCCCGCCGCCGAGCGGACCAGGUGAUGCGGCGUUUCCGGCAGGGGGAGAUCCAGGUGCUGGUGGCCACCACCGUCAUCGAGGUGGGCAUCGACGUGCCCGGGGCCACCCUCAUGGUGGUCGAACACGCCGAGCGAUUCGGCCUCGCGCAGUUACACCAGCUUCCGGGAAGGGUAGGGCGGGGCCGGGACGAAUCCCAUUGCGUCCUGAUCCACUACGGCUCCCGGGACGACGAUUCCCGCCGUCGUCUGGAGGUCCUGGAACGGGCCGCCGAUGGCUUCGAGGUCGCCGAGGCCGACCUGAGAUUCCGCGGCGCCGGCGAGAUCCUCGGCACACGCCAGGCCGGUUACCAGGGAUUCCGCGUGGCGCACCUGGUGCGGGACAACGAGGUGCUGCAGGCGGCGCGGCACGAGGCGCGUGACUGGAUCGCACACGACCCAGGUCUGCGCAGCGAGAUCUCGCAAAGAAUCAGAGAGGUGCUGCGACACCGUUGGGGAGAAAGCAUGCCACUGGGAGCAUGGGCGGAUUAA